CUCCGCCAUUAAUUCGAUUGACCCUCGGAGACGACCUCCAGGCAACAGUGAUGGAGAUAUCUCAGUCAUCGAAGACUUGGUCGAUUCCCCGGGGAGUCACCGCCACCACCAGGCUUCAACAAUAUAAGAAGCCGACUCCACAUGAAAAUUUAGAAGCAUCAGCAAUGAAAGAAUUAAUGGCGUGGCAACUAACGGUGUUGCUUCUACUUCUGCGGCUAUCCUCAGCAUUUGCCGCCGUGCCCAUGGCUCGGCGAGGAUGCCCGGAGGAGUGCGGUGGCGUCAAGAUCCCGUACCCCUUCGGCAUCGGCCACGGCUGCUUCCUCGAUGGUUUCGACAUCACUUGCAACGGAACCACACCAAAACCAAUCCUUGGCGAUUCCAACAUUACGCUGGUAGAUAUCAACCUAGUCUACGGCCUAAUGCAAGUUAAUCAUUUCAUUGCUCAUGCUUGUUUCGACAUGCCGGGUAACUCACCAUGGAUAAGAUUGACGAGGACAAAGUCCUUAAGAUUCUCUGACACCCACAACAAGUUUGUGGCCAUCGGGUGUGACACUGUCGGGUACCUCGUCGACAUGGAAGAGAGGUUCUCGACUGGGUGUAUUUCUCUCUGCACCAACAAGAGCUUCGUGACAGACGGGACCUGCUCCGGCAUCGGCUGCUGCGAGACCAGUAUACCCAAGGACCUCUCGGCCUUUAAAGUCGAGCUAACUAGCUAUUACAAUCACACCUACUGCUCGAGCUUCAGUCCUUGCAGCUAUGCCUUCCUGAUCACCAACACGUCGUUUAGUUUCAACACGUCGAAUUUCUUAAGUUUCGAAGACGUUGAGAUGGUGCCGGUGACUCUGGAAUGGGCGGUGGGAAACAAGACGUGCGAGGAAGCUCGCAAGGAGAAGGACUCUGCAUGCGUCGCCAUACACAGUGAAUGCCACGACUCGACCAUUGGCCUGGGAUACCGCUGCAAAUGUUCCCAAGGCUACCAAGGGAACCCCUACCUUCCGGGUGGAUGUGAAGAUAUCAAUGAGUGUAACGAUCCAGUACAAAAGAAUAACCAUAUAGACCUAUAUAUGCAUCCAUCAACCUUACCUAUUGCAAAUGUUGCAGGUGUUGGCUCCGGAUUCCUAUUUCUAUGUGUUAGCAUAUCUUGGUUGUACUGGAUUCUGAGUAAAAGGAGACUCAUCAAGCUCAAAGAGAAGUUUUUGAAACAGAAUGGCGGUCUUUUGUUGCAACACCAUAUCUCUUCAAUAGGUGAUGGUCGUCGUGAUGAUCGUGGUAUGAGGAUAUUUACCUUUGAGGAGCUCCAAAGAGCAACCAACAAUUACGACGAGGAUUGCAUCAUUGGUCAGAGAGGCUUUGGAACGGUGUACAAAGGGACCUUGUCAGACCAAAGAGUCAUUGCGAUUAAGAGAUCCAAGAUUGCAGCCAAGGGUGAAAUUGAGCAGUUCAUAAAUGAAGUCGUUCUCCUCUCCACCAUUAACCAUAAGAAUGUGGUGAAGCUCUUGGGGUGUUGCCUAGAGACCCAAGUGCCCUUGCUGGUGUUUCAAUUUAUGUCAAAUGGAACCCUCUCUCACCACAUCCAUGGCGAAGGCUGUCAAGGCUCGUUAUCCUUAGAAAAUCGAGUGAGGAUCGCUGCAGAAGCUGCUGAAGCACUGGCCUACCUUCACUCAUCGGCCUCCACUCCAAUCAUUCACAGAGAUGUGAAGUCCGCCAACAUACUCUUGGAUGAGAACUAUACAGCUAAAGUUUCGGAUUUUGGUUUUUCAAAGUUGGUUCCAUUCGAUCGAAACUGCCUUACUUCCCUAGUGAGAGGAACAUUUGGGUACUUGGACCCAGAAUACUUUCAUUCCGGUCAAUUCACAGACAAGAGCGAUGUCUAUAGCUUUGGAGUAGUACUUGUCGAGCUCCUGACAGGUGAGAAGGCUGUCUCGGUGAAUAAAUCUGAAGAGAAUAGGAGUCUUGCGAAAUGUUUCAUUUCUUGCAUGAAUGAGGGUCGACUUUCUGAGAUUCUUGAGGAUCGCAUCCUCCGUGAGGGAUCCAUGGAGCAGUUGAUGGCAGUUGCGGAGCUCGCCGAGCGAUGCGUUCGAUUGAAUGGAGAGGAGAGGCCCAUAAUGAGGGAGGUGGCAGCCGAGUUAGAGGGUCUAAGAAUGUUCACCAAGCAUCCGUGGGUCAAAGAGAACAGCGAGGAGAUUGAACCUUUGUUGGCAGAGCCAAUAUCAUGUGAGUCAACAUUUUAUGGUGCUAGCAAUACAACCAACGAUGGCGAUUCUUCCUAUAGCGGGUUUGUUGCAUUCAACAUCACGUGAAAGACAACCAGGAUCCUAUACAGUGCAUGAACCACACUAUAGAGUGCUAUGCAGCUUUCGAUGACCACCAAUAGAAGAUGGAGGAGCAUCAAACAAGAUGGUUCAUAAGCAUGUAUCAUAUUAUACAUAUUGUUUGAUGCUGUCCAUCUUCCAAUAGUGGCUAUU